AUGUCUUUAGCAAGCGGCCCAUACAAGGGCCCAACCGUUCUCGCCGUAAUGUGGGUCUUGGUGAGUCUCUCGUCCGUGGUCAUCCUACUCCGGGUGUACUGUAAGCGAUGCAUCAGCCGGGCAUGUGGAUGGGACGAUGCGAUAGCCUGCGCUGCCCUAGUCAGUACCUCUAACUCCCUCUUUCAAGCUGGCAGAAUUGACCACUACGCAGCACAGGUCUUACAUAUAGUAAGCGGCGCGAUCUACACGAGGACAGUAACGAUGGGAGUGGCGGGGAGGCACCUCGACGACUUGAAGGACCAGUCAAGGACGAACGAGGCGAUGGUGCUUUUUGGUGUCGGCCAGACAAUCGGAAUCGUCUGCUUAUCACUCAGCAGGACCUCCUUUGCAAUUAGCCUAAUACGGGUAUCACCAUGUCGAGUUAUGAAAGGCUUCCUCUGGUUUCUUAUAGUCACGAUGAACUUCCUCAUGUUAGGCAGCGCCAGCAUCUACAUGAUUCAAUGCCAGCCUCCAGCCGCACUCUGGGACACUUCGCUGCGACAAACAGGUACCUGCUGGUCACAAAAUCUCGUCACAAUUCUGACCACGACGUCUCACGCGUACUCCGGACUCGUGGACCUCGCACUGGCCCUGAUUCCAUGGCCAUGGAUUUGGAAGCUUCGGAUGAAAAAGCGCGAGAAGUUCGGCAUCGGGAUCUCCAUGAGUCUGGGUAUUUGUGCCAUGGGAAUUGCAUUUUUGAAAGCCGGCAACCAACACACAAUACCCACAUACAGGGACUACACAUACCUGGCGCAAGCCCUCAUCCUCUGUUCCAUCAUCGAAGAAUGCGUGACCAUCCUGGCUGGUUCGAUGCCUAGCCUCCGCGUCCUAUUUGUGCGUAUGCGCGGCAGCCACAAUCGCCCCUCCUCCUUUAGCUUCGUGAAACACUCAGCCCUCACAGCAGAUGGGUCCCGAAAAUUUACUCUCCGUCUUCCUGGCAGCAAGAAACGCACGGAGAAUACAUGGGGACGACCAGGAGAAGACAUCCAGAUGGUGGCCAUGCACGAGAAUGAUAGCGAGCAGGGAAUUAUGGGCAGGCAAACCUCGGAGUCGUCUAUCAGGAAUGACCGGUACCCAGGAGGGGGAGGUGAGGCAUCAGCGGAUCCCUUCGGAUCUCCAUCAGGAUAUUCAGCCAAGGUACAAAAGGUGUAA